AUGCGGUCCACCGAAACUACGGUGCGCACUUCGGGUAAUAAUUCUCCCGGAAAUUUCACACAAAAUGUACCCAAUAGACCGCUAAGAAAUUUGGUAAACAUACCUGAUUAUGAUUCACGACAGACUCUUGACGAAACCCCUGAUGAUUUUGACUUUGAUUUUUCUUAUUUGAAUGAUCAAGUUUCUCCCUCUAUUGAAGGUGUUGACCCUCAAGAAAGUUUUAAGGGGAUUUUAAAUGAUGAAUCAAUUCAGAUAACAAUUGAUAACAAUGAUUGGGAUAUCCCACAAUUAAAUGCAAAUGAAAAAACUGGUCCAAAAGUAAAUGAAGCACUUGGAAAAGCUGUAAAUGCAGCCAUCUCUAUUAAAAGAAGCAAAGAAAGCAUGGUUGAUUUAGAGAAAAAAUAUGACAGACCAGAAAACUGUAAUUUAUUGAAAGUUCCCCGUGUCAAUAAAGAAAUAUGGGAUGCCAUGAAUAAGCAGGCCCAUUCAGAUGAUCUCACUUUGCAAGUAAUUCAAAAAUCUUUAGCCACGGGUAUGAUACCUUUAGUACAGAUGGCUGAUAUGCUUGUAAAUAAAAAAGAACUUGAGCCUCACGUUUGUAAAAAGAUGUUGGCUGAUUCAAUAAGUAUGCUUGGCAAUGCAUUCUACAAUGUCUAUAUGAAAAGAAGAAAUGAAAUAAAAAAUGUUUUGAAUUUUCGAUAUCGCAAAAUUGCUUCUUCUGAAAUCCCAGUUACUGAUCACUUGUUUGGAGACAAUUGUGUCUCUAAACUCAAAGAAAUGGGUGAUAUUACUAAGCAACCAAUUGGAAUGAAAUCGAACUAUGAUACAAAAUUUAAAAAUACAACUCAAGCAAAAAACUACAUGUCAAACCAGGGGUAUCAACCCAUCCAAAACCCAUACAGAGGCAAAAACCGCCAGUAUUCAUCAUACCCUUCCCAGAGAGGCAGAGGUCAAAGGGGACAAUUCCAGUACAGAAGUGCAAUGAAAAAGCAGUACAGUUACAACAAGUAAAGGUGAGAAAACUGAAUAAACCUUACUGGAAAAAAUUUACAAAAGACCAAUGGAUAUUAAAUAUAAUU